AAUAUAAAUAUAUUUUAACUCUUAUUUCGAAAAUAAAAAUAUGAAACUUUUAUUUUGAUAUAUACUUUCAAUGUUUUACUCCACUUUAAUGUUUUUUCAUAUUUUUAAUUUCCUGAAGUGCCGUCCCUAUGGCAAAGAAGCCCAACUUCAGCCUUCAUCAUCAUUCAGCUGUGUUAACAGCAACGUGUUUUGCGUUUUCCGGCGAAGGUGGCGACUCUAGUUACUCGCCCUCGGGUUUUCCGGCGAGUUGCCUUUCCCGCUUCCCGACGUUUGUCUUCCUUUUUGUUUCUGUAUGUGCAUCAAAGUGUGAUUAUCAUUUACGCUUAUUAAUUAUCGACGAUUCACGCCGGGGCAAGCAAUUAGGUGCUUGUAUAUCUCGGUAUUGACAUAUCGUCGCAGAUCAACGGUCGAUUAGGAUCCCAGUUUGUCAUAUCUCAUCUUCGUUGGGUGCAUUUCAAUUGCUUCAUCGACACGGCCAUGAUAAGCACAUUCUCUCUUUCUUUUUCGAAAUUCGAUUUUGUCGAUGAGUUUUCGCCGGUGAAGAAACUCAGAUUAAAACACCAUCUUUCGGGACUGAAUGGCCGUGCUGAGAAUCUCUAACUCCGAGGCUCUAACCAUCGGAAUGUUUAUUUCAUUGAUUUUACUGCAUCGUGCUUAUGGACGGUCAAGUGCCGCUCAGAUGUAUUCACGGCGGCACUUAACAUUAUUAACAUAAGCUACAUCAAUCAUUUUGCCUCCUUGUCUUUCUAGUCUUCCUUGUGAAUUCUCAACGAGGAAGACUAUCCGCGUUGUGGCAAAUAUCUUACACACUGA